CAUCGGCCAUCCACUGCUACAAGAUAUGGAGGCUCGUUAAGUGAAAGAUUCUUCUAUUCCAUCUAGAACCACUUGACCUAUUUGAAUGCACUACAAUUUGUACUAUUUAUAUGUUUUGAAUGCGACGCAGAAGAACUGAAUGAUACGGUACUUUCGCACGUUUUGUCGAAAGUCCCGGUCUUCUUAAGGACUAUUUAUGUGGUAUUUAGCCCGAUAACCCUAAUGCUGCAACUUAACUGAUUGAGUGCUCGUUUUAUACCUCUGUUUCUCAACAAAGACAAGCUGAAGACUUGACCGAAACUACCUAGACAAAGGUCUCAUCUGCUCUUGGUCCUAUAUAAUGUCGAAGCUACCAGUUUUUGCUAGAACUUUAGUUGAUAUGGGACACAAGCGAGUCAGAAAAAACCCUCGCGUUCAUCCAAAAGCAAAAGGAAAAUUUCUCAAAGUAAGACAGCCUACCCCAGUUGAUCCAGUGGAAGAUGCGCUUUCCAAAAAAUGGUGGGUUGAUUACCGAUUGCAAUAUGAAGCUGUCAGGAGUCUUUUUCAAUAUGAAAUCAAUCGUCAUAAAAUGGAAGCUAUUUCUGCCUCACGAACAGAUCAUGAACAUGAACGUAAUAGACGUCAUGAGCUAACAGAAACCUGGAACAAAGAGACCUUUCUACUAGCAACAGAUAAAUUUGAAAAGCUCCUAAAAGCAUUGAUUGAUAAACAAACUGACAGACUAAUUGAUUUUCAAAAUAAACAAGCAAAGUCAUUAGACAAAUUAAAAGCUGACCUUGACACAGUAGCUAUGUUAACUGGACAGAUGAUUACGGAAACAAAUUUAGAUGAUAAAAUUGACGAAAUCAUGAAUUAUGAUGUUGUUGAUUAUAACUUCGUGGUUGACCAUAGUGGUAAUAUUAUUCGAGGAACAAAACCAAUAAAAAACGAACUUCAUACAGUCGAUGUAGAGGAAAAUAUACAAGAAGAACCUUUUUCUGCUACAUCAUGAAUCCUUGUAGAUUUUUCUUCUCACAUUCUCGGCCGUUUUUGUGCAUGAGUUUAUUUGAUAAUUAGUAUUAUAUAUACGUUGUACAUAGAAAAAUACACCGAUUUACUUCAUAUUAUAUGUUCACUUUGAAAUUUAAUCAUCUAUUCAUCUGUACGUUAUUUCAAGGGUAAAACUGUUCAGAAUAUAUGAUGCUCUUGUUUAAGUUAUGUUAAACUCAAUACGUGAAUCCCAAGUCCCUCUAUAUUUCUACCCGGAAUCCCUAUAAAUAUCGGCAGUCACUACCAAUGCGGUUAUUUUAACAGUUGAUUCUUGUUCAUUUUCAAAACACUUGUAGCAAUGUUCCGGUUGAAUAUCAUAUUAGCCAACCUUCAACUGAUGGAGCUGAGUUUUAAAGUUCAAUUUAUCUACAGAAGUUUUUGAGGCUGAAUAAUAUCAUUCCCCACUGAAUUUUUGGCUUGUAGUUCAGUACACUUAACUUUGCAAAAAACCCAUUCAGCACAGGUUUGUCAUACAUAGUUUUUAGCAACUCUUUUUGUCUACCUAAGUGCCUAGAUUAAAGUAGAUCGAUGGAGGAUCUAACCCACAAC